UAAACAUUUUGAAUUUCUUCUGUCCUAUGUGCUAUAGUCCCUCACGAGUUUACGAUUAUACUCUAGAGCAGUGCUUCUCAACCUUUCUUUUACGACAACACCAUAAUUUAGAUACAUAAACAUAGCGACCCACUUAAAAUAAUGGAUUUUUGAAAAAGCAACGCUUAGGGCCGUAUUUAUAGUCGACACCCGGACUAAGCCGGCAGGUUAUCGACCAAAAUCCGGUGGGCCAUUAAAAAAUUCGAAAGAUGUAGGCCGAUCCAUGCGGACUGCCCGAAAAUGAUAAUAAAGUCGGUGAUAGCUGAUCAUGAUAACGAUGUCGGCCAUCUUGCAGUCAUUCGGAUUCCCUGUCGCUAGACGCUUGUUGUUGCCAGACGCUUGGCUUAGUAUACUUAUCUAUGCUUAUCAUUUGUCGUCGUCAUCGGUGUGUGCUCACUGCUCAUCUCUUCGGUUUUGUUUUAUUCACCUCUAACUUGUUGGCGUUGUUUACAGCUCCUCAACAAUGGUCAACAAUACUCAGCUCAUUCGGUGUACCCAUUAAAUGUUCCGUAUCUACAACACGCAAUCGAUCUAUGAAUCAGCUUUAGAGAAGAAAACUGUUAAGGAUAAUCAAAAAAAUAUUAGAAGAAGAAAUUUUACAAAGAGUUACAAUUGAAAACAAAAAUCAAAGCAUGAUGGACAUUUUCCAAUUUAAAGAUGAUUAUAUUGAACAACAACUCAAUGAUACAAGAAGCCUAGAUGAAAUUCGACGUUUAAAUGAAAAAUACCAUUUUAGAUUACUUAAUGAAUUAAAAGCUAAGGCCAAGGCUAAAGCUAAAGCUAAACAUAAUACAAAUCAGAAUAAGAACAAGGUAUAUCGACGUUAUCGAAAAUUUCAGAUAAAUCAGAUUCAACAUUUGAAAAAUAAAUUGCAACACAAAAAUAGUACUUUGGAUGCAAUUAAAGAAGAUGUAAAUGUGGCCAAUUUACCUAUUACUGAAUUAACAAAAUCAAGAGAUAAUUUAUUGUCCUCUAAUAAUAAUUAUUUGAGGAAAAUUAACGAUUUAGAACAGUUAAGAGUACUUCAAGGACCUAACUAUAUGUCUGAAAUUCAUGUACUUGAUCAACAAUUAACAGCCAUGCAAAUUGAUAUUUCCAAGAAAGUAGAAAAACAUCAAGAUUUAAUGAAUAUAGAAAAUAUCACUUAUCGAAAAUUAUUAGUGAGUGAACAAAGGGGAUUAGAUAUUACUCCAAAUCCGUCUGUAGUUGGCGGCCCAAGUGUCAAAAAAAGUAAAUUGUUUGGGCGUGGCGAAAUAGACAAUAAAGUUUCUAAUAUUAUCACUGUUUCAUCAACUAGUGAUAUUGAAAUUGGGGAAGUGUGUCCAGAUGGACAGUUUGUACAAUUAUACAACAAAGGAUCAAAGGAAUUUGCAUUGAGAGGAUAUGAAUUAGUACGCACUACUGUUGAGCAAAAUGUUUCUACUGUUUUCAAGUUUCAUGGAUCGGUAAAUCUUGGAGCUGGUAAUUCGUUAACUGUAUGGUCUUCUACUGCCAGUAAUCAAAUACAUAAAUAUAGUGCUGGAUCAAUUAUCAUGGACAUUCAAGCUUGGGUUGUUGGUGAUUAUAUGGCUACAAUACUUUUAAAUCCUGAGGGACAAGAAGUAGCAACUCAUAAACUUAAAAAAAGGCUAGGUUUCUCUUUCACGAUCCAAUGAAGGAUAUAGUGAUUAUGAAACACGAUUGCUCUGUCAAUCAGGAGAUCCCAUAGAGCGACAAAUUUGUUGUCAUUUGAAGAUAUACUCAAUAUUAUAGUCUUAAGAGUGAUCUAAAAAAUAAAAAUACUAAAAUAAAUUUGUAAUUUAUUAGUUCAUCACGUGUUAUUAAUUGAUUUUUAAUUGUCAUUAAUUUUUUUUUUAAGGCGUGAUUUUUUUUUAUACUAGGUACCUAGUAUUUAUUAUUACUUUCUACUUACUUUAAUUUUUUUGUUUUUUUUUUAUAUUUUGCUUUGUACUAAUUUAUCUAUACAAAAACUAAAAUAAACAUUUCACUAAAUUACUGAUUAAGUAAAAAUAAACAAUUUUGUAACUCAUAAUAUAAUGAUCAUAAAUAAAAUAUUAUGAUGAGUCAAAUACUCAUUGUUACUAAAUAAAUGUUAUACAAUAUGCUAUUACAAUUACUAUUAAAU